AUGCCAUUUGGCGACGAUGGUGUUGUGGCUAAGGCUUACGCAGAAUACAAGCUCGCUACGAGAUACGUUCUGCACUGGAUCCAGUGCCAGCAUCAGCUUCUGAUUCCAAAGAACACCGCUUCAUUGACUUCCACAAAGGCUUUCAUGGAUGCGGCCAGGGUAUUACAGAAGAAAGAAAUUGGUGUCCCUACCUCGAUUCUCUCCUCAUUGCGCGCGACCAUCACUAAGCGCCGACAAGUCGCCAUCAUCUACCGAGCACUCGGCGCAGGCCACUAUGAACAUGAUAUCUUUAUCAAAAGACUUGAAGAACUUCUUUCAAUUCUGAUGCCUCUCGAAGCCGCUUCCGCGACUCCUUAUUUCGAGCCUUUUCCACAGCACGCCUUUGUGGCAAAGAAUCCAUUCUCCUUGCUUGAACUUUUGGUCGAUGAAUCAGACAAUGAAUCCCACCUUUCAACGGACCAUGCCCCGCUAGAGACAAACCACGCCUUGCCGCAGCAAAGAGCACCUCACACCGCUCCCAAAGACGACAAGACGCCAGAAAUUUCGCUCCAAGACGACCAGCUGGAAGUGCUUGCCAAGAUCAUUCUAUUCAUAUAUGAAUAUGAUGCUUUGCAAGCUCAAUUGCGAGACUAUGCGACCGAUGCCGCCAGAGGUAUUCUACCUCUGCCUGUGUUCGCGACAUUGACCAGCUUUGCCUUCAAAUACCUCCUGAGAUGCGUCGCGCCAAUCAUCGCCCGGGACAGCCACCAGUUCUCCGACAUUUGGCAGAAGCCUACCGACUCUACGCCCUCUUCCCGAACUUCGCCGCCAGCCUCGCUGGCUGAGAUGGACAUGUUUCAGGACCGGUCCGAUUCGCCACCCUUGGUCAAAUGA